CUCUCUCAGAGGCGAUCCGGAGCCAGGGACAGCGCACAAAAAGCCACCCAGCCGCCAGCGCUCUCCCCCUCCAGCUCAGCCGCUCCCGCUGACAUCACCCGGCGCGGAGGAGGAGGAGGAGGAAGGGUGGGGUGAGCGGGAGAAGGGCCGGGAGAAGGGCCGGGAGAGAGCCGGAGCCGUCCGCCCUGCGCCUGGGCAGCCGCGACGCCCAGCUAGAGGAUCGCCGUCCCGCCCCGCCCCGCCCCGCCGCGCCCCGCCCCAGCAGGCGAAGCCAGGACGUCCUUCGCCCGCGAGGCCGGCGCUGCCGGAGGUGCCCGGGUCCUUCUGCGCUUCCAGCCGUCGCUCUGCCACGGAGAUGGCGGAGUACAGCAGCCUGCUGGAGGAGCUGGCCGAGAACAUCACCCACGAAGACCUGGACCAGCUGAAGUCAGCCUGCAAGGAGGACAUCCCGAGUGAGAAGCAUGAGGAGAUAGCCACCGGCAAGGACUGGUUCAGGUUCCUGGAGAAGCACGAGAAGCUGGACAAAGACAACCUUUCCUACAUCGAGCACAUCUUUGAGAUCUCCCGCCGCCCGGACUUGCUGACGAGGGUAGUGGAGUACCGUACGCAAGUGCUGAAGAUCUCGGAGGAGGACGAGGUGGACACAAAGCUGACCCGCAUCCCCAGUGCCAAAAAGUACAAAGACAUCAUCCGGCAGCCCUCAGAAGAGGAGAUCAUCAAACUGGCUCCCCCACCCAAAAAGGCCUAAAGCUGAUGGGGGGGAUGGAGGGGCACAGCCCCAGGACCACUGCCACCCCGCCCCUCGCUCCCCCGGCUCAGGCACUUCGCAGCUCCCCCUUCGCUCCCCUCCGCUUGUGCUCUUGUCCACCACCUCCGAGCCAGAGGACAGGGAAGGGGGAAUGUGGGGGCAGCCUGCGGCUGGCCCCCCCACACACACACACUUCCCACCUUGGCCGCUGACUGGUACACAUUUUAGGAGGCUGCUGAGGCCUGUUCAAAGGGGGCGGGUGCUGGAAGGUGUGGCUAGGGAAGCCCUCCCCUGCUGCUGCUGCUGCUGCUCCACCCCUGCCACCCCCCUCCCCACUGGGCGAGAGCAGACCCCCGAGUGGAACAGGAUCAGUGGAACAGGCCGAUUUUUGCAAGGAGGAGGAAGGAAAGAGGAAGUUUCAGGGAGAGAGAGAGAAGUAAGAGGGUGGGGGGAGGUGGAAAGGGCCCCUGGGUAGCCUCAGGGCCAGUGCCAGAGGAAUGCCAGGCAAUCUGGCCCCUGGGCAAGUUCCCCAUCACCCCCUGCCACAAAAUUCUGCAGGUGGUGGAAGCAAAGGGGGAGGAAGAGCUGAAGGCGGGUGGGGGAGAUCCCGGGGAUUUUCUGCAGCUGCCCAAGAGACCCUCUGCCCCACCCCUGUACCCAAUUCCCUGGAGGAGUCGGUGAUGGCAUGGUUGUGGUUGCUCGGCAAGCCUCUGGCAUUAGAAAGCCCUCAGGGGAGGGAGCUGGAGGGUGGUGGCACCCCAUCCAUAACCCAGGCACAGAGCCUUCUUUUUGGGGGCAGGCAGAGGGUGUGGGCGCAGACAGCUCUUCCGAGGGCACAGGAGGCUGGCAUGGGAAGCAAAGGAGAGGGGGUCGAGGAAAAGAGAAAGGGGUGGGAGGUGGGCCGGGAGCCAGGGGUCUCACGAGAGAGGUCAGAUGGGGGCGUCUGCUCCCUCCCAGCUGGACCGGGGCCUCAAAAGCAGGGGGACCAGGGCUGCAGCCGGGGCCUGGGAGGGAGCGGGCCCCGCCACAGACCCUGCCCUCCCCUGCCCACAAGUUGCCUUCCCUGGGCUUCCGACCCGGUGCCCUCGCCAGGCGUUUCCAUGGGUGCCUCCUUUUCUACUCCUUCCUGUGCCUCUGGCCGGGUGGGGGGAGUUGCCCAUUUGGCCACGCUUGCAUGCCAGGUCUACGCCACAUUGCCGGUGCCUGCUGAGCCCCCCAUCACAGCUCCCGCUUGAGUCCCUGCGCUGCCCCUGCAUGUGCUGGGUUGGGGGAAGGAGCAGCCCCCUCCGAGGCCCUUCCCUCCUGGGCCCUGCCCACGGGGGCACCGGGGCCACUGAUCCCCCCUCCCGGGACGCAGAGGGGAGCCCGGCUCUCUCUUUCUGCCCCAGACUGACCUCCAGCAGCACUUGAGGUUUGGGAGGGCGGCCUCCCCGCCCCGAAGCAGCAACAGCGUGGCACUCGCAGAUGUUUGCAUGCCCGCCUCUGCCCAGAAAGAGACUGGCCUCGCCACAGCACCCUCCCCGCCUGGCCUCCUGGCACACAAGCAGGAGGCACUGAGGGCACCCAGGUGAGAAACGCCAGGCAGCCAUCGAGGAGGAGGGCCCGAUUUGUCGUCCCCCACCCCAAUGAAGGUCGUGGACGCAGACCGUGGGGGGGGAUGGGGAGCUGCAGGGAGGGUCACUUUGGCUGCACUUCUGGUUCCUUGGCAUUAAAGAGCUUCUGGCUCCCCACGCCCGCCUGCUUCUGGAGAGCCUCAGGGAAGGGCAAAAGCUGCCACCUCUCGUGCGCCGGACUGCUAAGCAUCCCUGUUUAAUAGAUGUUUGUUUAGCCCUGACGUCCUGCGCAUCCUGGCUUCCUGAGCCCCUCAAAACGGCGUAACCUGUCCCUGACACUCGUGUUGUGUUCUUUGUGUUGCGUAGAGAGCUGGGCUGGGUUGUGCUUUUAACAUGGUGCCCCGUCAAGGCCACCUCAGUGUCUCCCGAUGCUCCUUCCUCGCCUCUGCCCGUCACACAUAGCCCGUGGGGCGCCAGAGGCAAGGCAGCCUCCGUGCCACGUGCAGCGCCACAGCUGUUGGAAAGAGCUGGCAGAAAGAACAGGUGCCCUUCCAGGAUGGAGGGAGCGCAGGAGGAGGAAUGUGCUCCUGUGCACGCUGCGUUCGGCAUCUGCCUAGAACCCCUGAGUCGCUCGCGCAGUCAGCGACCUGCCGUUGGGCGUGUCGUGUUUUGUGUCUGGCAAGAGUCUGCAGGAGACGGGAGCUGGCUGGAGAAGCCACGUACUGCAGGAUGGGUGGGAGCUGAGAGGCCAGCCCGCACCCCAAAGCCCCCCAACGCCUCACUGGCCAAGCCUUCCCCCCGAGCAAACCCUCUGCGCCCCCAAGGGGCGGCUGCCGCCGGUGCCCGGGAGCCUGGUUCAGCCUGCCUCGUCAGGACUGGUCUCCGUCGCCCGGGCCAGUCCUGACGAGGCAUCCAAGGUUCGUCUUUCUUUUAACUGGCCUUAUUAAAUUACCAUUUUUCUCUCCUGUGUUUACAGCUGAACAGUUGGUGCUGAUCUCACUGCAAAUUAGCACCAAGUAAAAAUAGUAUGCAGGAGGGCGGGGGGAGUGUAGGAUUCGGAGCAAGCGGAUUUCUCAAAAUGAAGUGAAGAGCAAAGCAGCUUAAGGCCUCCGUCUGCUUAAAAGCAGCCUGCCCCACGCCCCUCUGCCCGGAGCGCCUUCUUAGCUCAGGCCCCUCUCCAGAAGUCACACCUCACCAAGGCUUUCCAACACGGUCCUGGGGACGGGGUGGGGGCAUAGCAGGAGAGCACUCCUCUGGGGCCAUUUGGUAGCCUCAGCAGAUGUGCACACACCCCACGCACAACUGCAGUGAUGGGCCAGCCCCUGCAGAGCCCACUCCCACCCUGUGAGCCCCAGACAGCAAAUCCUCUCCAGCAGCUUGGCCAGUUAGCUUCACUGUCCCAUUUGCUCACCUGCCAAGAAUAACCCCCAGCCACAUUCAGCACCCGGUGGACCAGUGCAACCCUCGUGGCCGGACAGGGUCUUCUGAGGAGCAACGGAAGGGAAGGCACAAAUCCUGUCCUCUACUGCCAGCUCUCCACUUCCCCCCUUCCCCCCCAACUCCCCCACCCGAUGCUCAGACCGUGCUAACUGUGUGUACAUAUAUAUUAUAAAGAUAUGUAUAUUAAAUAUAAUAUGGAGUGUUCA